UUUGCGCUAGGGACUGAAUGUACAUCGCGUAGGUCCAGCUGGUUAAAAAGAAACCAGCGUUUUGAAACCUUCUUAGGAGGUGAAAUGUUCUGAGCACCUCCUGCAAAUACCCCGCUGGGGGCAGUCACCAUUUCUGGUGCGGGGAAGCUGAUUUCUACCGCUAAUUCCGCUAGCGCAGCUGAAAGCGAGCAACCUCGGUGAGGACAGGUCCGGACGCAGGAGGCUCUUCUACAUUAGGGCACCCACUGGUUUAACUGAACUAGUCAUCGCUGCGACGAGGAAGUCUCCUGGGUGCAUUGCCCCAGAGCAAGACAAGCUUCCGAGCGAAGGGCUGGUGCUGAAGCCAAACAAAACCAAAAGCAAAAGGGGCUGGUGGAGGAUCGCUGGGUGUUCACAGACCCAGUGUAGGAGAGGCGAGACAAAUACUCUCCCAUUCUGGAUCGGCCAGAGACAGCCAAGAAGACCUAAUGGUAAUCCCGAAAAGGAUAUUGCAGAAAAUGGCCAAAAGCGAUAAUCCCGAAAUAGCGCUGACAGUAAAAUGCCUCCAGAUUCCGCAAGCUCUCUGAAAGCAAGACCUCCUUCACGUCGCUGGAAACAGAGGUGCCCAGCUGGGUUUUGAAGUGAACAUAAUGCAACCAAAAUGACCGUACGCUCUACCGGGGUGUAAUAACGUUGCUGCUUGUAUGCGAACACAGCUCCAAAGAAGAAUGCGUAUUGGCCUUGACAGGCCUUUGGGGUAGGGGGCGGGAUGUAAAGAUUUGUCCAUUUUAAAACCUGCUCUGUUAGGCUCGGUUUUGCGGGUCAGUUCCGCGCUGGCGCUGUGAGGAAAGCUCUGCACUGAGUAUUAACGCUGUACGCAUGUGGAGGUUGGAUUUCCUUCCCCAAAACGCCGCAUGCUGGAUUUUACUUUGUUUCCGGGUGCAAUUUAAGACUAUAAAGAAAGUGGGUCCUCAAGAGCUCCGAGAUCACCUUCCUUCUGCCUGCGUGUUACUGCGAUAGCAGAGGUCAUCAGACAUGAAAGCGUCUACUUCGCUGUAGUCCUGCUUUCAGUGACGCUGGGGAGAAAGGAGGAGGGGUAACCUCCUAGCAAACAGCUGUUGCAGCUGUGACUAGAGAGGGAGAGAGACAGACGCAGCAGCGACCCAUCUCCGCACCAACUAGUAACUCUUGAGCAAAGGUCAUUCAGUGUCUGGGUCAUCCUUAGACCUUGCAGAAACAAAUUCCACAGUCUAGGUCCAGCUCCUGUGAAAGUUCGGUCUCCCAUGCUCACAAAACUCUCACUGUUGGUUGACAUUUACAUGCUUUCAGUAAAACGUAACCAUUGUGGAAGGCCCUGGUGAUCGGAGAGGAGACCUUCCAGGCAACUAGGCUGUACAAUGAACACUUAUCUCUUCAUCUAUUAUUUAAUCCAAUUCUGUGGACAUUCCUGGAUAUUUACAAAUAUGAUCAUCAGGUUCUUGUCAUUUGGGAAAGAUUCUUUGGCCGAUACCUUCUAUUCUAUAGGACUUGUAAUGCGCCUUUGUCAGUCGUUGUCCAUAUUAGAGCUCCUGCACAUUCUAGUUGGCAUUGACGAAAACCGUUUUCUCCCAAGGUUUUUACAGAUAACUGAGAGAAUCAUCAUUUUAUUUGUUGUCAUCACCAGUCAAGAAGAAGUUCAAGGGAAAUAUAUUGUGUGCAUUUUAUUUUUCCUUUGGAAUUUACUGGAUGUGGUCAGAUACACUUACUGCAUGUUAUCAGUGUCAGGAACAUACUAUGGAGCUUUGACAUGGCUGAACUACACACUAUGGAUUCCAGUAUAUCCCCUGUCAAUUCUGGCUAAAGCAUUUGCCAUCUAUGAAUCACUUCCUUAUUUUGAAUCCUUCGGCACAUACUCCAUCAAGCUACCAUUUCCAGUUGCCUUAUCGAUCUACUUCCCAUACAUACUAAAACUGUACCUGGCAAUGCUGUUUGUAGGUAUGUACUUCAUCACCACAUACCUCUGCUCAGAAAGGAAAGCUCAUCUAGGAGCCAGCUACAUCAAAGAGAAAAGGAGCUAAGUUGAUACCUUGUCUUGUAAUGAGGAAAAUGCUCUAGAACAUGCUAUGCUAACACAUUAUGUGGAAAUAAUUUAGACCAAGACUUUCAGAAGUGCUUAGUGAUCUUUUGCACCCAACUGGGAGUGCCUUAGAGGUUCCCAAUUUACAAGGGCAGGUGCAUCACGCUUUCUGAAAAAGAGGCCCAUUAAGGCAUCUCACAUUGGGCACUCAGAUGUAAGCACCUCAAAUCUCCCGUCACUUUUUAAAGUCUUGGCCUCAGAGGUUACUCUAUCUUUUUCUAACAUAAAAUGACAGGUUACAAAAUGUGACAAAAAAUGUAAAUCAUAUCAGCAUUUCCUGUAUUUUAAUAAUAGGUUCUUAUCGCAGCAGUAGCAUGGAUUCUGCAUCUUAUAUCAGAGUAAAAUGUCAAUGGUAUUUUAUCACUAUCUCACCUGUUAGACUAUGUAAAUCAGAUGUAUGACUAUCAUGUUUGCUGGAACUGCAACAGAUUAUGAAGCAGAAGCUGGUGGUUCUGCAUUUUGCCACAUUCACACAAAUACCAAUAGGUAAAACUGUUCACAGAAAACCCAUCCUCCUCCACCCUGAUUCUUAAAGUACAUGUAAGUGACAAAUGCAGUUACGGUGUCUAUUCACUACAAGUCCUAGAGGGCAUUUAACGUAUAGAAGUAGAAGUUAUGAUUCUAAUAUAUUUCCAGUAGACACUAUUGAAGGAUCUGUUUUGCUUAACUGUGACAUCCAGAUUAUCUUGGAACUGAAGAAACAAGACAGACACUCACUCUUACUUAACUCAUUGAAGUGUGAAAUACUCUGCCUUUAAAAAUAAGAUAAUGGAUUAUAUAAACUGUGGGCCAACUCCAAAUUGUCUCACACAUGAGAAUUGUCCCAUUGAUGUCAGUGAGGUUACUUGUGCAACAAAAGUAAUUAGGAUUUGGUCCUAUGAAGCAAAUCCUAUAUGUGAAGAAGCAAGAAAAUAGGAUAUACUUUCCUGGGGGACAAAUUACUUCUCUGACUGCACAAGCUACUCCGAAAUAACCACAGGCUGACUUGUUCCCCAUUGGUACUAUUCCCCACCACCUUUUGGGCUUGAAUAAAAGACAGAAAAAAUGAAGCAGAUUAAAGAGUGAAAUGAAAACACUUCGGGUCAUGAAAAUUCUCUUACCUAUUUAAGACUCUGAAAAAGUGAAGCCUAAGUAUGUCCUUGUCGUAAGACAAUAUUUGACUAACCAAUGAGGGAAGAGCAUCUCAAAUUGAUGAUUUAGUGGCUCUAGGACAAGUCCACAGCCACAGCCAGGCAGCUCAGCUGUAUCUGAACUGCCCCUACCUGUGCUACCACAGUUACACUGCUAUUUAUGCUGGAACUAGCUUGAGUACAUGUACAGGAACAAAGGAAUCACACUCCUAGCUCGUACUGUAGACAUAGCCUUAGACAGGUAUAUUUGUACAUUACCUGGGAACAGUACACUAGAGCGGGGACCAUUAAACACUUUGCUUUUGCAUCCAGGUAUUAUUGUGGUGUGCAUGCUAACACAUAGCACUUUUGGUCAGUAGAUCUCAAAGCGCUUUACAAAAGAGGUAACUAUUAUAGUAUUGCCUGUAUUUAGGAAAUAGAGCAAAUAUUAUUGUAAUGUUAUUUAGUUACAAAAGCAAAUGUGAUGUUUUUAACAAUGAUCAUGCUAUCUGUUGAAGGAGGGAUUUAUGGGAUCUGGGCAGGGGAGAAUUCCCUCAGUGCAGGAUCUGAGGAAGACAGAGGACCCGCUUAAGAAUCCUGGGGUAGCAGCUGUGCCUGGUGUGGGAAGGGAGUAACAGAGGCAGGGCUGCAGCAUGUUACCCAGCAGAGAUUCCAGACAGCAGAGCAAGCUGGGGACAUGCUGCUGUAAUGCAGACAGCCCACCUGAGGCCACUUUGGCCUCUGGAGCAGCCCAGAUUCACAAGGACAGAAAAGGUGGGUCAAAGUGAACUUAGCACACCCCUGCCAGCCCAUUCCACAGGCUGGGAGCUCUGUGCUGCAUC